AUGACCCAGGUCUCUGCAGACGGCUGGGGGUACCUCAGUCAAUUAUCACCCCCUCACCACCCCAAGACCCAGGUCUCUGCAGACGGCCGGGGUACCUCAGUCAAUUAUCACCCCCUCACCACCCCAACACCCAGGUCUCUGCAGACGGCCGGGGUACCUCAGUCAUUUAUCACCCCCUCACCACCCCAAGACCCAGGUCUCUGCAGACGGCCGGGGUACCUCAGUCAUUUAUCACCCCCUCACCACCCCAAGACCCAGGUCUCUGCAGACGGCUGGGGGUACCUCAGUCAUUUAUCACCCCCUCACCACCCCAAGACCCAGGUCUCUGCAGACGGCGGGGGGUACCUCAGUCAUUUAUCACCCCCUCACCACCCCAAGACCCAGGUCUCUGCAGACGGCUGGGGGUACCUCAGUCAUUUAUCACCCCCUCACCACCCCAAGACCCAGGUCUCUGCAGACGGCUGGGGGUACCUCAGUCAUUUAUCACCCCCUCACCACCCCAAGACCCAGGUCUCUGCAGACGGCUGGGGGUACCUCAGUCAUUUAUCACCCCCUCACCACCCCAAGACCCAGGUCUCUGCAGACGGCUGGGGUACCUCAGUCAUUUAUCACCCCCUCACCACCCCAAGACCCAGGUCUCUGCAGACGGCUGGGGGUACCUCAGUCAUUUAUCACCCCCCUCACCACCCCAAGACCCAGGUCUCUGCAGACGGCAGGGGGUACCUCAGUCAUUUAUCACCCCCCUCACCACCCCAAGACCCAGGUCUCUGCAGACGGCUGGGGUACCUCAGUCAUUUAUCACCCCCCUCACCACCCCAAGACCCAGGUCGCUGCAGACGGCUGGGGGUACCUCAGUCAGUUAUCACCCCCUCACCACCCCAAGACCCAGGUCUCUGCAGACGGCUGGGGGUACCUCAGUCAUUUAUCACCCCCUCACCACCCCAAGACCCAGGUCUCUGCAGACGGCUGGGGGUACCUCAGUCAUUUAUCACCCCCCUCACCACCCCAAGACCCAGGUCUCUGCAGACGGCUGGGGGUACCUCAGUCAUUUAUCACCCCCCUCACCACCCCAAGACCCAGGUCUCUGCAGACGGCUGGGGGUACCUCAGUCAUUUAUCACCCCCCUCACCACCCCAAGACCCAGGUCUCUGCAGACGGCUGGGGGAACCUCAGUCAUUUAUCACCCCCUCACCACCCCAAGACCCAGGUCUCUGCAGACGGCUGGGGGUACCUCAGUCAUUUAUCACCCCCUCACCACCCCAAGACCCAGGUCUCUGCAGACGGCUGGGGGUACCUCAGUCAUUUAUCACCCCCUCACCACCCCAAGACCCAGGUCUCUGCAGACGGCUGGGGUACCUCAGUCAUUUAUCACCCCCUCACCACCCCAAGACCCAGGUCUCUGCAGACGGCUGGGGGUACCUCAGUCAUUUAUCACCCCCUCACCACCCCAAGACCCAGGUCUCUGCAGACGGCUGGGGGUACCUCAGUCAUUUAUCACCCCCUCACCACCCCAAGACCCAGGUCUCUGCAGACGGCCGGGGGUACCUCAGUCAUUUAUCACCCCCUCACCACCCCAAGACCCAGGUCUCUGCAGACGGCCGGGGUACCUCAGUCAUUUAUCACCCCCUCACCACCCCAAGACCCAGGUCUCUGCAGACGGCUGGGGGUACCUCAGUCAUUUAUCACCCCCUCACCACCCCAAGACCCAGGUCUCUGCAGACGGCAGGGGUACCUCAGUCAUUUAUCACCCCCUCACCACCCCAAGACCCAGGUCUCUGCAGACGGCCGGGGUACCUCAGUCAUUUAUCACCCCCUCACCACCCCAAGACCCAGGUCUCUGCAGACGGCUGGGGGUACCUCAGUCAUUUAUCACCCCCUCACCACCCCAAGACCCAGGUCUCUGCAGACGGCAGGGGGUACCUCAGUCAUUUAUCACCCCCUCACCACCCCAAGACCCAGGUCUCUGCAGACGGCUGGGGGAACCUCAGUCAUUUAUCACCCCCCUCACCACCCCAAGACCCAGGUCUCUGCAGACGGCAGGGGGUACCUCAGUCAUUUAUCACCCCCCUCACCACCCCAAGACCCAGGUCUCUGCAGACGGCUGGGGGUACCUCAGUCAUUUAUCACCCCCUCACCACCCCAAGACCCAGGUCUCUGCAGACGGCUGGGGGUACCUCAGUCAUUUAUCACCCCCCUCACCACCCCAAGACCCAGGUCUCUGCAGACGGCAGGGGGUACCUCAGUCAUUUAUCACCCCCCUCACCACCCCCAGUGAUCCAACUAAGAGAGUGA